AUGGAAACGAGACUCUCUACACUUCGAGCCUCGGAACCAGAUGCGAAGGACGCGUGGUUGUAUACCAGACGUUUCUUUGAAGCAGCCCCUGGAGCGAAAUUCGGAGUUGUGCAGCGGUCAUGGUUCGAAACACGACUUCGAGCCCACACGAACAGCCCGAACAGGGAUGAUGAGCCUGCUUGGUAUGCUUUGAGAAACGUCAUCUUUGCGACCGGAUCUCGAUUGCACCUAGCAAAAACCACCACAUUCCGUGAAGCGUGCCAGAUAUCGUGGGGAUGGUUUGAGAAUGCGCUUUCCGUGCACACGGAAAUAUUGUACUUCAAAACCUCGAUUCUAGGCUUACAAGCCUUGACCCUGAUGGCAUACUUUGUCGACGAACUGGGCAGCCCGGCACUGGAGUACAUGCUCUGCUCCAACGCUCUGAGGUUGGCAUGUUCCAAGGGCCUGCAUCGACAAGCUGUCUCGUCGUGGAACCUCACUCCACAGGAAGCCUGCCAGCGCGACUGGAUUUUUUGGGCUAUUUAUUGCCUGGAAAAGAGCAUUGCCUUGCGUUCCGGGCGGCCAUCGAUCACCGAUGACGACGAUAUCAGUUGCCAGAUCCCAAUUUACGGACCUCCCGGAAGCGCAGUCGAUGUUGUAUUCUGUAACCUGUGGAUCAGGUUUGCUCAGCUGUCUUCACUUGUGAGCAAGCGGCUUUCAAGCGUACAGGCAUUCCGACGCACGACGAGCGCGACUAUUGACAAUGUUAUCGACUUAGAUCAGCAACUCCGCAGCUUGAAGGACUCGAUGGCUUACAUUUUCUGUGUUGACGCUCCCAUUAAUCCGUCCUCGUUGCCUGCUGGUAUGAGCCUCAAUCAGGCACUUGAUGUGCAAUUUACCUACUACGACCUACUAUCUCACAUUCAUACUGCUUUGACUUAUCCUUGGUCUCAAGCAAUGCUCAGGCCUCAAGAGAACGAUAAGCAUCGAAAGCAAAUUGAAACCUCCUGCUCGAUUGUCGCCGACGCCGCUCGUUCCAUAAUACUGGCCACUAAAUGGGUCCAUCUGGAUGCGAAUUGUUCAGUACUGUCAGCGUUUACAGCCUCAAUUCAGGCUGUCAUCAAUCUCUUUAUUCACAUCUUACAGUAUCCCGAAAAUCCUUCUGUCCAGUGGGACCUCUCCCUUCUAGACAUUGGAGCUGGCCAUUUCGCAAGGCUGGAAUUUGCGACGAGAUCACAGAUAUCCAUCUCUUUCGUCAAGGACAUUGCGUCGUUGGCCCGAGCAGCGGUCAGACGCGCAAAGAAUGGACCUGUUACAUGCGGCGGCUCGACAGGUGUCAGAACGUUGGCGAACCUAGACUCUGUCUCGAGCGAGAGUGAUAUGGUGGGAGGACCAAACCACUCGCAGCCUACUGGUAUGAACCAAGAGGCUUUCGACAUCGAGCUCUCAGAUUUCCAGCCAGAAAACUUGAGCAUGUUGCUUCCAGGAAUUGAUCUUGAUGGGGGAAUGACGGACUUUUUCAAUUGGGAGCAGUGA